CUUCAAAAGGUUUUAGUGUUUUCCCACCCUUUCUUUUUCUCUUUUUCAUCGGUUUCCCGUUUUAUCUAAUCAUGACUGCUAAGAAGAUUUCCAUUGUGUGUUUGCCUGGUGAUGGUGUCGGCCCUGAGGUCGUUGGUGAGGCCGUCAAGGUCUUGAAGUUGAUUGCUUCUAUCCGCGCCAAAGCAUUGAACGUCGAGUUUGAUUUUACCGAUGAACUCAUUGGUCUUGCCGCCCUUGAAAAGACUGGUGAACCCUUGCCUGAAUCUGCGCUGGAGGCAUGCAAGGCCGCUGAUGCUAUUCUUUUGGGUGCUGUGGGUGGUUUGCCCGGUGCCAAGAUCGGCAACGGUCCUCGUCCCGAACAAGGUCUCUUGAAGUUGCGCAAAUCGCUCGAUUUAUAUGCCAACUUGCGUCCCGUGACCUUUGCCUCUGACAGCUUGACCAGUUUGUCGCCUUUGAAGGAUCACAUCGUGCAAGGUACCGAAUUCGUGUUUGUUCGUGAAUUGGUCGGUGGCAUCUACUUUGGUGAACGCAAAGAAGCCGGUGAAGACGGCAAAGCUUAUGAUACCCUUCCUUACUCGGCCGAAGAAGUUCAGCGUGUCACUCGUCUCGCUGCUUUGCUUGCCAGAAAGCAGAACCCCGUCGGUAAAAUUCACUCCAUUGACAAGGCCAAUGUGUUGGCCACUUCGCGUUUGUGGCGCAAGGUGGUCACCGAGACCUUGGACAAGGAGUUCCCCGAACUCGAAUACGAGCAUCAUUUGGUGGAUUCGGCUGCCAUGGCCAUGGUGGCUAACCCUAAGCGUUUGAACGGUGUGGUGUUAACGGAAAACAUGUUUGGUGAUAUCUUGUCCGAUGAAGCUUCGGUCAUCGUUGGUUCCCUUGGUUUGCUUCCUUCAGCUUCGCUUAACGGUUUGCCCGAUGGUAAGAGCAAGUGUGUUGGUUUGUACGAACCUAUUCACGGCUCGGCUCCCGAUAUCGCAGGUCAGAACGUUGCCAAUCCCAUUGCCACCAUCCUCAGUGCCGCUUUGCUCCUCCGUUACUCUCUUGGUUUUGAACAGGAAGCUCAGGCUAUCGAAACCGCGGUUCGACAAGUCUUGGAUAAUAACGUCCGUACUCGCGAUCUCAAGGGUACUGCCUCCACCACCGAAGUCGGUGAUAAGAUUGUCGAAGCUUUGACUCCCAUUUUGGAACGUUUGUAAAGAAGAAAAAACCUUAAAAUUUUCGCAUCAACCAAUAACAAUCACAUCAUUUUUUUUUCCUCCCCUCUCUCGGUAUGCAUGAUUCGCCACUUGUUGUAAUGACAGUGACACAAAUGCAUGCUCUCCGGAGGUGAAUGUCCUCCUAAUUUCCCACACCUCCUAUAGAUCCACAGAAAAAUAAAAAGCUUUUGUGUUUACAGAUUUUUCAUGCCCA